GAAUACUGGUCUCGUCUCUUUACAUACACAUCUUUUUUUUUUUUAAAUUUCUACAAAGCUUCCCAUCGCAUACACGCUCCUUAUAUUCUUUCAACUUUUUUCCCCAUCUGUUAUUCAAACAUGACCCGUUUUAAUUUACCUACACGGAAUGACGGCGAUGUCGGAACUAUGUAUCUCGGUGAAUUUUUCACUCCGGAACAUAAACAUGAGCGUGCUGAGGAACAUGAUGACUUGAGCGAGAACAGUUUGCAACCUGGUGGGAGGCCCUCAGGCUCCAGCAGGAUAUGAAGUCUCUGAGGUGCUGUUGGAUACUCCUCCUCCUGAUCACCGUCUCUCUGCUGCUCUGGUACAAUCACAUAACCCAAAAAGGAGAAGCCGUUCUGGGACUUCGUGCCUACGUGAGAAUUUCGCCCAGGUUCAGGUCAAGUUCACAACAGUACCUGGCGCUGCAUUGUGCCCGCUGUGCCGUGGUCUCCAGCUCGGGUCAGGUGCUAGGCAGCAGACGUGGGCGUGAGAUUGACAGUCAUGAAUGUGUGAUCCGCAUGAACGCAGCGCCGACACAAGGCUUUGAGGCUGAUGUGGGCAACAAAACGACAGUUCGUGUGGUCGCGCACUCUAGCGUGCGACGUCUGCUACACCGUGAGGCCUUUUUCUUCAACCAAGAGGCAAACACACAGUAUGUGGUUUGGGGUCCUGAGCGGAACAUGAGGCAAGACGGCAAGGGCCGAGUAUUCAACAUGCUGGUCAAACUGACAAUGAAAUACCCAGGUGCUCGCAUCUACGCUGUGAGCAGGGAGAAGAUGAAGCAGUGUGAUCGCGUCUUCCAGAACGAGACUGGCAAGAACAGAAUGAAGUCGGGUGCGUUCCUCAGCACCGGCUUUUUCACUAUGAUUUUUGCGCUGGAUGUGUGCGACAGUAUUAAUGUUUACGGGAUGACUGACGGCUCGUAUUGCAGCCUCACCAAUUCCUCCUCAGUGCCGUAUCACUAUUACGAGUCGAAUCGUCUGGACGAGUGUGGCAUGUACAGGGUGCACGAGCGUGUGCAGAGAGGCGGCCAUCGCUUCAUCACGGAGAAGCAGAUCUACAGACGCUGGGCAUCACAGGGAAAAUUAAAAUUCCAGUAUCCAGCCUGGUGAAUUGAACAAGAACCCCGAACACCUCUGUGCUAAGGAAGACCACGCCUCCUUCCUCAGAUGGCUGUAAGACAUCCAAAAAAAAUAGAAGAAACGGAAGCCGACAUAAGAACUGAGGUCAUGUUACAUUCAUUCGAAACUAGUUAGGCUUCUGAUUUACUGAAUUUACAGCUGGUCUGUUUUUUAUUUUAUUUGUUUGUUUUGGUCCUGAUUUCAUUAGGACACACAAAGAGGAAAUCAGAUAUUAAUACUCCUUUUCAUAGUACUUUAUUUCUGGCCAUGUGAGGUCACAUGCGACUGGAUCAUGUUACAGGACACAUGAUUCUGUGAGAGAUGCUCUCAUGAAGAUAAGUCAUGAGUUUUUUGACCCAUCGUUAUGGUUACUAAUCUGAAUCCAAAUGUGUCUGUUCCACGAUCAGGUACCUGUGUGUAUCCAUAAGAGUUCGCUGUCAGAUGUGAAUUGGUGAGACAAGCAGUGCAUUAAUUGAGUGCUGAAUUUAUUAGUAAAAUUCUGUUUGAAAUGUAAUUGAUACCUCAACAGGCACAUUUUAACAUGGCAAAAAACGUGCGAAGAAAAAUAGGAUGUUUCCUCUUAAUAAAUAGGAAUACGGAGUGAUUGACAGUUUUGCAGGUUUUAAACACUCCCCAGGUUUAGCCCCGCCCCCUUUCUCCAUCUCACAUUAGACAAUGGAGAAUGUUUAAAGUGCAAAGUUUUGUUCAACAUAGCCAACAACAGCUAUACACCAACCAGGUAUAACAUUAGGACCAUUUUCUGCCCCCUUUUGCUGCCAAAACGGCCCUGACCCGUCAUACACUGUGUAUUCUGACACCUUUCUAUCAGAACCAGCCUUAACUUCAGCAAUUUGAGCAACAGUAGCUCGUCUGUUGAAUCGGAUCACACGGGCCAGCCUUCUCUCCCCACAUGCAUCAAUGAGCCUUGGCCACCUUCUUUGGACCACUUUUGAUAGAUACGGACCACUUCAGACCGGGAAUACCCCACAAGAGCUGCAGUUUUGGAGAUGCUCUGAUCCAGUCGUCUAGCCAUCACAAUUUGGUCUUUGUCAAACUCACUCAAAUCCUUACGCUUGUCCAUUUUUCCUGCUUCUAACACAUCAACUUUGAGGACAAAAUGUUCACUUGCUGCCUAAUAUAUCCCACCCACUAACAAGUGUCAUGAUAUUGUUAUUCACUUCAAAUGUCAGUGAUCAUAAUGUUAUGCCUGAUCGGUGUAGUUAAAAUUUAGUCCAAAAGUGUUCCAAUAUUUUCAUUUUCAGCCAGAGGAGAAGAUAAACAAACGAAAAAGUAUGCUAUGUCUACAGUGUAAAACCACGCGCUUUACAAAUAAUUGAUUAUUCAGCCAUACAUUUUCUGUAAUGCUUAUCCUACACAGAGUCACAGGGAACCUGGAGGUUCAAGGUGGUGGACACCCUGGACUUACUGUAGGGGACAAUAGUGAACACACUCUUUCACACACUGUGGAAACUUUAGAGAUGCCCAUCAGCCUAGAACUCCACACACACAGGUUGUAAUCAAACCCCUAAUGUCUGUUUAGACUAACUUAAAGUUUUACUGUAAUCAGAAGGCAAGCAGCUGCUCCAUCCCAUUUAUACACUACAUUUUCUUCCAUAUGCAAGCGAUUUGUGUUUAUAAACAACACCAUCCCUGCUGGAACUGUGUAUUGUUCCUCUUCGGGGUUGGCAAGUCUGAUUUUGGAUCCUUGAAUUGUAUACAGACACUUGCAGUGUGAUGAUGUUUACAGACCGAUGACUGUCUUGCAGGUCUGAAUAUAUGAUAAAAUAUACUUUAUAUAUUAUAUAAAAUAUAUUUUAUUAUUACGAUUAUUAAAGACCCUUUAAAAUGCUGUCACAUCCCAUUCCUGCCAGAACUGAUGCUCUGACUUAGGAAAAUGUUUACAAAAGAUAAGUUUAUAUGUCAUAGCUUUCAUAACCUCAUCCUCAUGUUGAAAAUGAGCUCGCAAUCAUAAACUGGUUUUGGAAGUAAAAUACACUAUAUUGCCAAAAGUUUUGGGACAUCUGCUUUACAUGCACAUGAAUGUAAUAUAGAGUUGGCCCACCCUUUGCAGCUAUAACAGCUUCAACUCUUCUGGGAAGGCUUUCCACAAGGUUUAGGAGUGUGUUUAUGGGAAUUUUUUGACCAUUCCACUAGACGCGCAUUUGUGGGGUCAGGCACUGAUGUUGGACACGAAGACUAAUUCAUCCCAAAGGUGUUGAGGUCAGGACUCUGUGCAGGACAGUCAAGUUCCUCCACACCAAUCUCACUCAUCCAUGUCUUUAUUCAUGGACCUUGCUUUGUGCACUGGUGUGCAGUCAUGUUGGAACAGGAAGGGGUCAUCCCCAAACUGUUCCCACAAAGCAUGAAAUUGUCAUAAAUGUCUUGGUAUGCUGAAGCAUUAAGAGUUCCUUUCACUGGAACUAAGGGGCCCGAGCCCAACCCCUGAAAAACAACACCUGAAUUCAAUGAUUUGGAGGGGUGCCCCAAUACUUUUGGCAAUAUAGUGUAUGUAAGCUCCUAACUUGCAUUAGCCGUUUUAAUCGACCUGUGCCAGUCAGUCCAAGACUUCUUCAACAUAUGAAAUAUGAAAUAAGACACAGGUUUCUUGCAGGUAAAAGGUCUUGAUUGACAGGUACAGAUUUUUUUUUUAGUUAAUCAUUUUGAUAAUAUUGUAAAUCUAAAAAAAUUCAUAUUGGCAUAUGCAUUCUAGUCAAACCAAAGGAAUCCAUUAACAUGCUGCUCUUUUACUUCUGCUUCAAUGUUUAAUUCAUUGCCUCACAUUGCUGUCAUGUGGACAUAUGAAACUCUCAACAGGAAAUACGCUUGCUAAAAUCUUUACCUGUACCGACUGCGAUCACAGCCACGGAUCUCAGUCAUGGAUCUUUCACUAGAAUUUUAAGCUUUUUAUGAAUUAUUAACUAUUCAGCUGUAACUUCUUCUAUGGAUGUGUUUUUUUUUUUUUUCCUUUCAGCUUCUUUUGGACUAAAACAUUGUGUGAUUUUAUUUUAAAAGCACUGAUACUCUUUAUUUAUGCUAUCAUGCCUACUGAAUGUGUGUCGUUUUACAAACCACAGAACAAUCUGUUGUUUUAAUGCCACUUUAUGAGUUACUCACAGUUUUUUUUGAGCUAAGAUUUUAUUUAUUUAUUGGGAUAGAGCAUCAGCUAAUUUGUGUGAAUUUGCAUGUAUGUUUUAUUCAUUGCACUUUUCAGUUACAGGGAGUCCCUUUAAACAUUUCACUUUAUUUGCUUGAAAUGAUGUUAGAAAAGCUUUUUAUUAUUUAUGUUGUGGUGGAAUGGGAAAAGCCUUCAUAUGGUCAAAUGUUUUGAGAAUUUUUAUUCAUUAAAAGAAACAGUUUGUAGAUGCAAAAGUAAAAAUGUUGAACUGGUUCAUUGUCAAUAGCACCUUCUACUGCUACCUUCAACCUGAUACGUUUUUGUGAUACCUAUUUGUAAAAAAACAAAACAAUGCAAAA